AAGCAGCUCUGACGGAUGUAUGAAGCGUCAGGAGGAAACUGCAGAGAUAGACACCGCUUUCCUCACUUUCCUGUUGACAGUUCCAGAGGCUGUCUGCAGCUGCGGGUGAGGGGCCACGGACACCAGCAGGGGCCGCCGCCGUUCUUACCACGAGCCGGGAAGAACUGUGCGAUGAACGGUGACGCCCGGGCUGCAGUGGUGACCUCACCACCCCCGACCACAGCCCCGCACAAAGAGCGGUAUUUCGACAGAGUGGAUGAGAACAAUCCAGAGUACUUGCGAGAGAGGAACAUGGCCCCGGACCUUCGCCAGGACUUCAACAUGAUGGAGCAGAAAAAGAGGGUGUCCAUGAUUCUACAGAGUCCCGCUUUCUGUGAAGAAUUGGAGUCAAUGAUACAGGAACAGUUCAAGAAGGGGAAGAAUCCCACAGGCCUGUUGGCAUUGCAGCAGAUUGCAGACUUCAUGACCACAAACGUACCCAACGUCUACCCGGCGGCUCCACAGGGAGGGAUGGCGGCCUUGAACAUGAGUCUUGGUAUGGUGACUCCUGUGAAUGACCUUAGAGGGUCUGAUUCUAUUGCCUAUGACAAAGGGGAGAAGUUGCUGCGGUGUAAACUGGCAGCGUUUUAUAGACUAGCGGAUCUCUUUGGAUGGUCUCAGCUCAUCUACAAUCAUAUUACAACCAGAGUGAGCUCUGAGCAGGAGCAUUUCCUCAUUGUACCUUUUGGACUUCUCUACAGUGAAGUGACUGCCUCCAGUUUGGUUAAAGUCAAUCUACAAGGAGACGUCGUAGACCGCGGGAGCACUAAUCUAGGCGUGAACCAGGCUGGCUUCACGUUGCACUCUGCCAUUUACGCGGCACGCCCGGACGUGCGGUGUGUCGUGCACAUUCACACGCCAGCCGGUGCUGCGGUCUCUGCGAUGAAAUGUGGACUCUUGCCCAUCUCUCCGGAGGCACUUUCCCUUGGAGAAGUGGCAUAUCACGAUUAUCAUGGGAUUCUGGUCGAUGAGGAAGAAAAAAUUUUAAUUCAGAAAAAUUUGGGGCCUAAAAGCAAGGUUCUUAUUCUCCGGAAUCACGGUCUUGUGUCUGUUGGAGAGAGCGUUGAGGAGGCCUUCUAUUUCAUCCACAACCUUGUGGUUGCGUGUGAGAUCCAGGUUCGAACUCUGGCGAGUGCGGGAGGGCCGGACAAUGUAGUCCUCCUGGACCCCGGGAAGUACAGAGCCAAGUCCCGGGCCCCGGGGUCCCCGGCGGGGGAAGGCAGCGGGUCACCGCCGAAGUGGCAGAUUGGAGAGCAGGAGUUUGAAGCCCUCAUGCGGAUGCUGGACAAUCUGGGUUAUAGAACUGGCUACCCUUACCGAUACCCUGCUCUGAGAGAGAAAUCUAAAAAAUACAGCGAUGUGGAGGUUCCUGCCAGUGUCACAGGUUACUCCUUUGCUAGUGACGGUGAUUCGGGCACUUGCUCCCCUCUCAGACACAGUUUUCAGAAGCAACAGCGAGAGAAGACAAGGUGGCUGAACUCUGGCCGGGGCGACGAUGCUUCUGAGGAAGGGCAGAGCGGAAGCAGUCCCAAGGCGAAGACUAAGUGGACUAAAGAGGAUGGACACAGAACUUCCACCUCUGCUGUCCCUAACCUGUUUGUUCCAUUGAACACUAACCCAAAGGAGGUCCAGGAGAUGAGGAACAAGAUCCGAGAGCAGAACUUGCAGGACAUUAAGACGGCUGGACCCCAGUCCCAGGUGUUGUCUGCUGUGGGGAUGGACAGGAGCCUUGUCCAGGACGCACCCCUCUCUGACUGUACGGAAAGAAUCGAAGGGCUCGAGCGCACAGAGCAGACCUUUAGUCCCGCUAAGUCUCUCUCUUUUAGAAAGGGUGAGCUAGUGACGGCCUCCAAGGCCAUCAUUGAGAAGGAAUACCAGCCGCAUGUCAUCGUGAGCACCACCGGCCCCAACCCCUUCAACACGCUCACCGACCGAGAGCUGGAGGAGUACCGCAGGGAGGUGGAGCGCAAGCAGAAGGGCCCCGAAGAGGAUCUGGACCAGACGAGAGAAGAGAAAGAGAAGAGCCCUCCGGAGCCGCACACGCCCCCCAGCACCCCUGUCAAGCGGGAGGAAGACCUGCCGCGGGAGCCACCGUCCGGAGACGACAGUGAUGCCGCCACCUUCAAGCCGACUCUGCCCGACCUGUCCCCUGAUGAGCCUUCAGAAGCACUCGGUUUCCCGACGUUGGAGAAGGAGGAGGAGGAGGAGGAGGAGGGGCUGGCUGAAGCCAGGGCCCCUCCAAGCCCCGCCGGGUCCCCCUCCAGGUCCCCCCUGGCGGCCAGCCCCGAGCCAGCCCCAGCCCAGGUGGCUGAGGAGGCUGCCUCCCCAGCAGCCGAGGACCCUGGCAGUGAUGGGUCUCCGGGCAAGUCCCCAUCCAAAAAGAAGAAGAAAUUCCGCACCCCUUCCUUCCUGAAGAAGAGCAAGAAGAGAAGCGACUCCUGAAGGCCCUCCCUGCACGCCCCGGCGCCGCCACACUGUCCCCGACCACGCCACGUGCCCUGGCGCCCUGUGUAAUGGGCGCAGAGGCCCAUCCCUUGUGUAGCUAGCACCUCCCUCGGUGUGACCGACCCCUACGUAGACCGGUGCUAACCUCGUGUGCGUGCAGCGGCCUGACCCGCAGCCUCGGGUUCUGGGGAAGACGUGGCCUCCGUGUCCACCUCCGAGCCAGCCCUGACCUGCAGGGGUCAGCACCUCGGCCCCUCUUGUACUCCUCAAGGACACUGUCCCCCGGGAGCCGAGUCAGGGUCCCAGCUGGACAGGGGCAGACCUGGCUGCUCUGGCCUUGACCACCCCUGCUCUCCUUCUCUUGGGAAGUAACCCGCGCCCCAUCUCUGCUAGGCUCCCCUUCACCCCCAGGUCUCAGGUGACUGAAUCAGACCUGUAGCUUCGUGCUGGCGCUGCCUGCUCCGUGAUCCCUGUUCAGAUACACAGCCUCGGUCCUGUGAAAGCGCCCCGACAGCCCAGGCCCCCAGGAUGGCCUUGGAGAGGGUCAGGGCUGAGCCGGCGCCCCAGUAGCUCAUGGCGCAGCUGGUGCUGGUCCCCGGUCCCCUCGGCCAGAACCAGACCUGGGGUUGCGCUCACCCCCUGGAGCCUCCUGACCUGUCGUAGGGACAGCGCCUCCGAGGGGUGGUCCUGUGGACCUCGUCAGCGGACCUGCAGCUCCCACAGCCCCGACGGCAUGCACGGGCAGCACUCUGCUUCUGCUCUCUGUCCUGGGGAGGGCCUGGCACUGAGGCGGGUCUGCACCUGAGCUCAGCUUGGCUUGGGACGCUCCUUCCCUUGGUUAGAGGGCAGCUCAGGGUGAGGGUCGGCCCCAGAGGUCCACUGACGUCCUGUGGUCACCACAAGGCCCCUCCCGCCCUCCAGUGCCACAUCCGUAGAGCAGAGUGGGGGGCUGCUUGGCUGGAACUUGGGGUGGCCGGGGUCUCCUCGACAGUCGGCCGUCCCAGGAGCUCCAGUGCCAGCCUGUCCCAGCAGGCCCCUGGGGUGGAGGGGACCCGAGGCCGGCUGCAUGGCGCUGACCUCGGCUUCGAGCUUCCUGGCGAGCUGCUCUGUGUUGUCUUGUCCUGGUGGUGGUCAAGCUCCCCAGCCUCACCCUGCACUCAGUUAACCACAGGCUCCUCCUGCCCUCCCUUCCUCUCACCCCACAUAUGCAAUGACUUUAAUUUCAUUUUUGUAGUUUAUUUUAACUCUUUGUAUCUCAACAUGAAGUUUAGUUGCAUAUACAGACACAGGCUUGGGAGGACAGGUCCUAUGGCCUUUCUUCAUUGUAACAUGUUUUACUCACAAAUAAAAUUCUUUACGCAGUUUC